CCAUUCCUCUGUUCUGUCUGUCCUCACUCUCUGCUUAAAACACAGCAUUUUUAACAACCCUUUCCUUUGCCUUCAAAACAUUCAAACAAAGUUAACCAGGUCACAGAAUGGCCACCAAAGUCUACAUUGUUUACUAUUCCAUGUAUGGACAUGUUGAGAAGCUGGCACAGGAGAUUAAGAAAGGAGCUUCAUCCGUAGAGGGAGUAGAAGUCAAGCUCUGGCAGGUGCCGGAAACGCUACCGGAGGAAGUACUUGCCAAAAUGGGUGCACCACCAAAGACUGAUGCUCCUUUGAUAACACCCGAUGAGCUCACCGAAGCCGAUGGUGUCCUUUUCGGAUUUCCCACUAGAUUCGGGAUGAUGGCUGCACAAUUUAAAGCCUUCAUGGAUGCAACAGGAGGUCUGUGGAGAACACAAGCACUUGCAGGCAAACCUGCAGGAAUUUUCUACAGCACUGGCUCCCAAGGAGGUGGACAAGAGACUACCCCCUUAACUUCAAUUACUCAACUUGCUCACCAUGGAAUGAUUUUUGUGCCCAUCGGCUACACUUUCGGUGCUGGUAUGUUCGAGUUGGAGAAGGUGAAAGGUGGAAGCCCUUAUGGUGCUGGAACUUAUGCCGGUGAUGGCUCGAGACAGCCAUCUGAGCUAGAGCUGGAGCAAGCUUUCCACCAGGGGAAGUACUUCGCCGGCAUUGCGAAAAAGCUCAAGGGAACAGCUUGAUAUUUUUACUAUGACAAGUAUUCAGCUUUAUAAAUAUGCUUCGAUCGUUUUGGAUCUUCCAUCUCCAUGGAAGAAUAAAUUUAUGGGUUUGUUGGGAUUGAUUUGUUGUCAGAAACUUACAUUGUGUUCAUGACACUAAGAAGAAAUAUAUUAU